AUGUUCCACUGCAUCCCCCUGUGGCGGUGCAACCGUCAUGUGGAGACGAUCGACAAGCGCCACUGCUCGCUGGUCUAUGUCCCCGAGGAGAUCUACCGCUACGCCCGCAGCCUGGAGGAGCUGCUGCUGGACGCCAACCAGCUCCGCGAGCUGCCCGAGCAAUUUUUCCAGCUAGUCAAAUUACGAAAGCUUGGACUUAGUGAUAAUGAAAUUCAGCGGCUCCCUCCAGAAAUAGCAAACUUCAUGCAGCUGGUGGAACUUGAUGUGUCUCGGAAUGAUAUUCCUGAAAUUCCAGAAAGCAUCUCAUUCUGUAAAGCACUACAGAUAGCUGACUUCAGCGGAAAUCCACUGACGAGAUUGCCAGAAAGCUUUCCUGAAUUACAGAAUUUGACAUGUCUCUCUGUAAAUGACAUCUCCCUGCAGUCCCUGCCUGAAAAUAUCGGCAAUCUUUAUAACCUGGCUUCCCUGGAACUGAGAGAGAAUCUCCUCACAUAUCUUCCUGACUCUCUUACCCAGCUGCGGAGACUAGAAGAACUUGAUUUAGGAAACAAUGAAAUAUAUAAUUUGCCAGAAUCAAUUGGAGCUCUCUUACAUCUAAAGGAUCUCUGGUUGGAUGGAAAUCAACUGUCAGAAUUACCUCAGGAAAUAGGAAAUCUGAAGAAUCUGCUGUGCUUAGAUGUCUCUGAAAACAGGUUGGAGAGACUUCCUGAAGAAAUCAGUGGCCUGACUUCGUUAACAGAUUUAGUCAUUUCCCAGAACUUACUAGAAAUGAUUCCGGAUGGCAUCGGAAAACUAAAGAAACUGUCUAUCUUGAAAGUGGAUCAGAACAGACUCACACAGUUGCCUGAAGCAGUUGGAGACUGUGAAAGCCUCACUGAAUUAGUUCUUACAGAAAACCGGCUCCUGACCUUACCUAAGAGCAUUGGAAAACUUAAGAAGUUGAGCAACUUGAAUGCAGACAGAAAUAAAUUAGUGUCUUUACCAAAAGAGAUUGGCGGGUGCUGCAGCCUCACCGUGUUCUGUGUGCGUGACAAUAGACUGACUCGGAUACCUGCAGAGGUGUCCCAGGCAACAGAGCUUCAUGUCCUAGAUGUGGCAGGGAACAGGCUAUUACAUCUGCCUUUAUCCCUGACCGCCUUGAAGCUGAAGGCUCUGUGGUUGUCGGACAACCAGUCCCAGCCUCUGCUCACGUUCCAGACGGACACAGAUCACGCCACAGGAGAGAAGAUUUUGACCUGUGUCUUGCUUCCUCAGCUGCCUUCUGAACCUACUUGCCAAGAGAACCUGCCUCGCUGUGGGGCUCUGGAAAGCUUGGUGAAUGAUGUCUCCGAUGAGGCCUGGAAUGAGCGUGCCGUGAACAGAGUCAGUGCAAUCCGAUUUUUGGAAGACGAGAAAGACGAAGAAGACAAUGAAACGAGAACACUUCUGAGGCGAGCCACUCCACACCCUGGGGAGCUAAAGAAUAUGAAAAAGACAGUGGAGAAUUUACGGAACGACCGGAAUGCUGCUAAAGGACUGGAUUCAAACAAGAACGAGGUCAAUCACACCAUUGACCGAGUGACCACUUCUGUAUAG